UGAGGAAUACCCAGCUGGUCCCACAAGCCCUAUAAUACCAAGCACAACAUGCUUUACCUUCAAUGAAAGCUGAGACGGGGGGACGGUUGACUGCUGGUCCUGAAAUCAGCUCAGAACUUGGAUACAAAACCAAGAGCGUCGGUGUUUUAGUAGCUUAGUUAUCCUGCAUCUGCUUUAUUACACCUUCUGCUUUUUUUUUAACUGACUGUAGCACGUUAAGACCUUAUCAAAAGCAGACAGACAACUUGGAUAACGCUCUUAUUUUUCCUUCCUUCCUUCUUCUCUUGCUGUGACUGGUGUCAAAGGUGAUGGUAUCAUUUUCUUACAGAGGACUCCUCCUCAGGUGAUGGUAUGUCCUUUUGGAGAUAGGGACAACUUUUGGAAACGUGCUAGGUUUUCCAAAACUAUUAUUUUUUCUAUUUGCACCCUCGCUUUUGCUCAAGCAUGGCUCUCUACUCUCGGUUUGUGGUCGUACUGCUUUACGGAUGGAGUUAUCUGUGCGUUGGAUACUGCGCGAUGCUGAAAACAGACAAUUUCCCCACGGGACGAAAGGUGGAUUUUACGCAUUCGGUGGAUAAAAAGCAACCUACGAAGGAAGACCGGAAUCUGCUUUUACAGGAUACAAUGACGGAGCACAUGCAGAUGCUUUACGCGAAGUACAACCGGGCUGGUUUUCCCUUCAAGGAUGGCAACACUGUCCGCAGUUUCAAAGCGCACUGGGGUACUCUAAACAAGAAGCAGCUGCAGAUUUUCAACCUCACCUCCCUCACCAAGUCAGAAGACGUGCUGUCAGCCACUCUUCAUUACUACAUUGGAGACCUUCAGAACAGCACCCAGGGCUGUUCCAGGUCCAAAAGCUGCAGUCGCCAUGGGCCCCGCAGGCACAGCCACAUCCACAUGGUGAUCUGGAGUUUUGCCUCUGUGGAUAACAAGAUGAGGACUCUAGGACAAUUUCGGAUCAAUGUGUCCACUCUGUACAGGGACUUCAUAUCUUGGCAGUGGAAGGACAUAACUCGCGUGGUGAACCAGGCCAAACACCAUGACGAGCUGCUUAUUGGGAUUGAUGUGGCCUCGCAAGGGCCCCAGCCGUGGAAGAAGCUCCUGUCGGACCGCUCGCCCUACAUCCUGGUCUACGCCAAUGACUCUGCCAUUUCGGAACCUGAAAGCGUGGUAGCCACCCUCCAGAGACACCCCUCGGUGGGAGGGGAGGACUCCGUUUCACACAGCAUUCAUAAACUGGGACAGCGUGAACGAAACAACACUGAACAAGAACAACAGCAGCCCAGGCACAAGCGCUCGGUGAACGUUCUGCUCCCUUUGCAAAACAAUGAACUUCCUGGGCCUGAAUACCCGUACGAGACGACCGGUUGGGAUGAGACAAGUCCGUACGAACCUUUUGACAACAAGCAGGCCCGUCGGCCACGUAAAAAGACACGCAAGAAUCAGAGGCACAAGAUGCCCCUGCUGCAGUUCGACGAGCAGACGAUCAAAAAAGCGCGAAAGAAGCAGUGGAACGAGCCCAGGAACUGCGCACGGAGGUACCUGAAAGUGGACUUUGCUGACAUUGGAUGGAGCGAAUGGAUUAUAUCACCUAAGUCCUUUGACGCCUACUACUGCUCAGGGUCCUGCCAGUUCCCCAUGCCAAAGGCUCUGAAGCCCUCUAAUCAUGCCACUAUCCAGAGCAUAGUGCGGGCGGUGGGCGUCGUCCCGGGAAUCCCCGAGCCAUGCUGCGUCCCAGAGAAGAUGUCUUCCCUCAGCAUUCUCUUCUUUGACGAGGACAAGAACGUGGUGCUGAAAGUCUACCCCAACAUGACUGUAGAUUCCUGCGCCUGUAGAUAGUUUUGUUUUUUUUUUCCUUCUAUGCCCAUUCACACACACACACAUACACACACACCUGAUAUUGUACAGAAAUGGAAAAAAAAUCAAAACACAUGCAGCCAAGAAGAUACUCUCUCCUCCUGUUUCUUCAGUCAAACACUCAUUCACAUACAAAACACCAAUUGAACACAACUUCCCCCUUUGCACUGGAGGAGAGUACUGCCUGUUGUUCCAGGUGAAGAGGAGACUGGUCUGUUCAUGGGAAGGAAUGGAUCAUACGGGUUAUCCUCAAGGAAGAUAACUGGAAUGGAAAUUCAAAUCUCCAUGCUCCAACUUCACCACCAGCACCACUGUUUAUCUUCACGUCUUUAUCAUCGGUUAUCGGUUAGACGGUAGCAGGGUGAACACAAUCAUAAACUCACUUUCUAGAUAUACAAAAUACCGAUUGAGGCAUAAAAGAGACAAAAAAAAACCGAAGGAAAAAACUCUUUUUUCAGGAAAAAAUGAUCUCUUUCUUUUCCUCUCAGUUUGAACUGAUGCCUCUGAGGGGGGUCAUUCUCAUCUUUCUCUCCUUCAUAGCUUAAAGUUGUCUUUGAUCAUUACCACAAAGUCACCUCUGCUCGCACUUGCAUGGUUUUUGUUACUAUGUGUAUGUAUUUAUGUCUGUACUAUCACUGUGUUAUUCACUAUAUGAAAAGUUAUUGUAUAAUUAUUGGCUUGGCUGCUAUAGAGAUAUAUAUUAGAUUCCAAAGCCAGAAUUGUGACUUAGACAGUAGAUAGCCUUACAUAUUUGUGUUUAGAUCACUGCUCCUUUUGUUGUACAGAACCCACAUUUUAAGAGUAUAUUAUAUGCUAAAGAGUAAGCUACUUUUCAUUUGUGGUCUUCAUUAACAGUCGGAAUGGGGAGUUUUGAGGAGACCCAUUAUACCAGUGUUUCACCAAGAAAAUGUUCAAGAUGUACGAGUUAACCUCAGAGAUUUCAUUUUGAAAGAUAAAGGGAUAAAGCAUAUCAAAAGGAGAAACUACUACAUUGAACAAGGGCUGUGUAAAACCACAGGACUCUAAAAGCCAUUUGAUGCUUGUGUGGAAUUUUGAAACCCUUGUUGGACUUUAUUAGCUCAGAAAGAAAUCAAAUAACUUCUGGGACUUGGCAGGCAUCAAGGAUUAAUACUUGCGGUGGAGACUGAUAUCAGGCUGAACUUAUUUGUUUUUGGCAUUAAGUUCAGAACAUGGUGCCAUUACAUAAUGUUCAAAGUUAUGUAUCUUAUUUACAGCAUAGAGUGACAUUUAUGAAGAAAAACUAUUAUAAACUGCCAGAAUGCUUCUAGAAAUCUGUUUUUGUCAACUCAGAUAUAAAGUAAGUAAUAAGUAUCAUGUCAAUAUACACUACUGGUCUGGAAUCAGUUUUGCUUUACAUAUCAUUUAAGUUCAUCAUUUUUGGUUUUUUAACAAUUUUCAUUAAAAGAUUUUUUUUAAAGGUUGAGAUGGGUUGAAAAUCUGACGUUCCCGUGGAUUUUAUGUCCUUAUGCAUCUAAAAGCUAAAAGCUCCAGGAAAAAAAAAACUGUGACAAGUAGUUUACUGUAAAUGGGAUCCUCUAGUGGCGAUGUCAGCUGAGAAAAAUCCCUCAAAGUAAUUAAAAAACCCAGUUUUCACCUAGACCUUACAAUUUCAAUUAACAGAUAAAUUCCCAUAUUUUAACCUAAAAACCAAAAAUGAUGAGCAAUACAUAUAAUAUAUUGAAUGAUCAGGGAGAACUGAUCUGUUUUCUCUAGGUCACAUAACCCUUUAAUAUUACUGUAUGGAUUUUACAUUAAUCAUUAGGGGGUUAUUAUGUUAUUUGAUCACAUGUACUUUGCGUCAGGUCAACAUGGAACAAAAGGCACACCUGGAGGAGAAGUUAACAUGUCGUAAUGUUGCCUCAGGUUGUGCUUUCUCUUGUCAAAGCUCAUAAAACCAAAUAUUUAUUCAGAGCAAAUAGACUGAAAUAUAGCAGCAAACUUUCCCUAUACACUUGUACAUUGUUUUUGUAUAUAGCUCACUAUAUGUCGAUGACAUUCUAAUGUCUCGUUGGGAUAGAAGUGCCUUUUUAAUGGGUGGAUUUCUGUUUUUUUUAAAACAGUUUGAUUUGAUUCAUCACCUGUUCAGAAAGGCUUGGUCGUUCACAGAACUGAGCUCAGUUUGCAAUGAAGCUGAAGUCAAAAGCAAGCAGCUGAGAAUAGUUUUUAUAUGGUACAGUAUACAAUGCGUGAACAUAGUGCAUAUUCUUUUGAUAAGUAUGAUCACCAGUGGAGUUUAUUCUAAAAUGUAUUUCAAAUAAUUCACUAUUUUGAUAUUUCAGAGACAUUUAUUUUGUGUCAAUAGCUAAAGGCAGAUUGUUUAACUUUAUAUAUUUUGUAUUGACACUUUUUUCCAGUAUGUGCUUCCUCAUCUUGUGCCAGUACAGAUUUUAGCAGUGCAUGCUGUAGAACGGAGUGGCCUCCUCUGUUUGUGCCAGUACAACACUGCAGACGUGAGGACUGCUGGCAAGUCGUGUUUGCGGACUUUGCUUUUGCUGCAUUUGAGACUCGACCCAGGUCUUUACUGUUAAACUUCACUAACACCUUUCAGAGUGCAAGUAUCAAAGACACUUAAGUAAAAUAUACAGUACAGUAUAUCAGCGGUUUAUAAGAGCUUACUCUACUACACUGUUCAAUCCUAUCUUGUAAAUGUUACGCUGUAGGUAAAAAAGAAAUGCUUGUACAAUAAGCUUCAUAAAAUAUAUUUGUAUAUGGAAAUGACUUUUAACAUGCAUCUAUUUAUUUUCUCUAUGUUGCAUAUCUUGUAGAGGUGUGGUCUGGGAAAGGGGGACCGAAGCUUGGACAUGUUGAUGGUCUUUAUAUCUGUGAUGGACAUUUGUCUCUACUGAUGUGAAAGUGUGGUGAACUGUUUAAAGGUCUCCCCCCUCCAAGCACUGACCCUCCUUACAAAGCAUUCAAAGAAAUGAAUAAAAGUAUGCAAGACUCAGGUCUAUCAAUGGUUUUUGGGUUUUAGAGGUUUUGAGAGGAUAGUGGCACAAAACACACAAGCAAAGCAAAAUAUUCAAAAUUUAUUUCCUUCAUCUCUCCCUUGGUACCAUUUUGCAUAAAAUACAAGAUCAGUAUUUCUGGAAUUCAAUAGCAAAACUUAGAAGCAUACAUCUAUGUACAGUAUCAUUCAUUUACUGCCCAAAAAAGUCAGUAUUUACAUUUUAUAUACAGGUACAGUAUGGUUUGUAGGAUUGUACUAGACAGAGGCAGUUGUAGAUGGUACAGUUUAUGUGUAAGAACGUGAAAUCUGUACAUAAAAUUAUAGGAUCUACUGCAUUUUAUGAAUGUUUUCCCUCUUUUAAAAUUAUGUUAUUAAUCUCUUGUGAGUGUUUGUUAGAUUUUAACCCCAGUGCCAAAAUAUAGGCUUAGAGACAUUUGAUACCUUUACUAGAACAAUGACUGUAAAUACAUUCUGAAGCUUUGAACAGUUUUUGUUACAUUUCUGUUUUUUGAAAACUUUAUUUUAAGGCCAUGAGUCCACACAAAUGGAUCAACAGGCCAUUCUGGUGACAGACAUUUUGACUUGUCAUAGUGGUAAAGCAAGUGUAACUAAGGACAUUACUGAUGGAUGUUUUAAUUUGGUGUCCCAACAAGCCAGUAUGUGGAAUAACAGGGCCAUGGUUAGCCUCGUUCCAGACCUCUGAAUCACUGCCCACAUCCCUGUUUUCUUCAGUGGUUGUGCUCAUUGGCGUCUGUUUCCCUGAUCGCAAAAACAGUCAGUCAAUCAUAGUUUUGUUGGCAGGGUUAAGAACCAUGGCCUUCAUCUUUCAACAGAGCUAGCUAGGUAGCUACAUUUAGCAAAAAUAGUGACAAGAGUGGACGACACUGAUGCAGCUGUGCAAGUUGUUGUAAUUUGAGUUCUUAAAUUGGUGAAUUUCUUAGAUUUUUGUGAAAGCUGUUAAGUUAACAGCUCCAAAGUGAAAAUGACAUGGACAGGAUGGAUAUGUCACGCGCGACUGUUUGGUUCAGGUGAAACAAAACAAGACAUAACCCAAGCAGAAAUUGUCUGACGUGAAGCCGAUGUCAGGAUGACUGAAUGAAGUUCAAUGAAAUGAUAAUUGAAAAGAUUAACUGCUAGUCUAGGUCUAGGCCUGGCACUGGAACAAUUAAAUAAAAUGCAGCCAUUAUUAAUGUUAUUACAUACCCCUGUGUUGGACAACACAAAAUAUCCUCAGUGAGAAAGGUCUGCACAUAUUGCUAAAACUAGAAGUGAUAAUAAUAAUCUAUUGGUGUAUAAAACAAAAUUUAAAUAGGCCAAAGUCUGUUUCAUUGAAUUAAAAACAAGAAGAAAUGUAUCUCUAACUGAAAUAUUAACAAACAGCUGUAUCGUGAACUCAGUCGUCAUUAUGUUAAGGCCACAGCUUCUCCAAGAAUUUUAGGUGCUUUCUCACAUAGACAUUAUCAUAUACUGUACACACACACAUUCACCAGUCAGUGUAUACAUACAUGUGAUAUACAAAAUUCCCUCGGCCAGUUUUUUUAAAGGUGCAGUGUGUAGAAUUUAGUGGCAUCUUGCGGAACAGACUUGGCAGAAAUGGAAUA